AUGGAUCUAACAGUUGUUGGGUCUAUUAACACCGAUCUCAUUUGUUAUUCUAGCAGAUUUCCGCUACCCGGAGAAACAAUCGAAGGAACCAAAUUCUCUGUAGGAUUUGGUGGAAAAGGUGCAAAUCAAUGUGUUGCUGCAAGAAAGCUUGGAGCAGCAGUAUCACUUGUCUCUCGGGUUGGUGACGAUGCUUUUGGUCGAAAUUAUCUGGAGUAUCUGAAACGAAUUGGAGUCGAGACAGGAACUAUACCCGUGAGUACGACGGCUGCCAGUGGCGUUGCAAUUAUAACUGUCGAACAGACCUUUGGGAACAACCAAAUUAUCAUUGUUCCGGGCGCAAACAACGAGAUCUCCAUUGAAGACGUCGACGAAGCUAUCAAAAAGGAGUUGGUUUCGAAAAAAGUCAUGGUUUGCCAGUUUGAGGCAUGUGUUACCUUCCCUAUCUGUGUUGCAUGUUCACACGUCGCUAUAGUAACAAAUUUCAUAGUAAUUCUGGUGUUGUGCCCUAUCAUCUUCAAGGCUAACGCCACUGCCACCCUGCAUGCAAUGGAAUGGGCUAAGGCACACGACGUUCUGACCAUACUGGACCCUGCACCAGCUCCUAACCCGCACUCAGACUUUGCGCCCCUGUUGCCGCGUUUCCUGGCGGCUUCCAGCAUCGUCUGCCCUAACGAGACUGAAGCGGCUGCCCUAACUGGUAUUCCUAGAUGGGAGGUACAACCGGAUCAGAUCCCUGAGGCCUCUAUACCCUGGCUCCUGGCCCUCUGGAAGCGCAGUGUCAAGUAUCCCUUAGUGACCUUGGGGUUAAGUGGAGUAAUUGCCCUUCUACCCAGGUCAGAGAGUGACCUCAUAACAGCCAUGGAUGUACGCGUCCUGCACUGUGACCAGCUGCCCGAUGACAAAGCCAUCUUCCAUUUGCGUGCGCCGGUCCACGCAAAAGCACUGGAUACUACAGGGGCCGGUGACUGCUUCACUGGGGCCUUGGCCUUCUACAUCUCGAAGUAUCCCGGUCUAAAAAUGGUGGAAAAGAUUCGUCGUUCCGUGUGGAUCGCCAGCCAAUCCGUUCUGCGUAUGGGCACGCAGGCGAGUUUCUACUCCCGUGAUGAACUGCAUCCAAGCCUGUUUGACGAUAAGAAGGAAUUUACGUGGCCGUAG